GGUAUGGCCACUGUGCCUGAAAGCGGUUGGUCUUAGCCGAGCGGUGGGCCACGGCGCCUCUUUCGGUGUGCGCCAGUCUGUUGAUGCCGAAUCUCAUCGUUCGACGGCCAUGGGAGGACAUGCCAUUUGUGUGAUUCCUGUGGUUUGUCACCGUCCGCGUCUGCAUCUGCGUCUCCUAUGUACGCCUGCGCCCAUGCUUGCGCUGCCCUUGUUAGUGACUUAUGACGAUGACGGUGGCUGCUGUACGGAGCCUGUGUGUCUCUCCCCGUCUCCAACUCGCAGCGUCACCAGUAAUAGCCACCUACCUAAGCUGUCAGGACCUUGGUCUACCUUACACAUCCGCCUUAGACAUCAUUAUUUCGGGCGCCGGUUCCUGCUGCAUCCCGCUCACCACAUGCCCUCUCCGGCAUCCGGCGCUACUUGCACUCUGCGCCCUGGUCCGAAGCUGGAUGUGGCGGCUUUGUACUCUGUACGGCGUAGAACGACCAGGGUUCUCAGAGACAGAGGCCAGAAGGGGACCGGGAAGAGACCCAAGCUCCCAACGUUGUCGGUCUCUCCCGCGCGGCCGCGCCUCCCGAAUUUGCUCUGGUGUUGGUGAUGAUCUGCGUCCUUGUUAAACUGUCAUUGUUCAAGGCAACGCAACGUUGAUGGGGACGGGCCAAGGCGGC